AUGCCGCGUCGGGGCGUUCUACGCGCACACAUCCUUCUCGCGUGCGUCUCCACCGCGCUCGCCGCGCGCGCGCCGCGUCCGUCGACGUCGUUCGAGGUGUUUCCGAGCUCGAGGGCACCGACGUCGAACGCGACGCAUGUUUCGUCCGGGUCCGCUCGCGCGCGCGCGUUCACGUCGCUCGACGACGCCCCGGUGUUCGAUCAGCUCGAACUCUGCGACUGCGCGUUCUCGACGAGCGAGAGCGGGUUGGAGUGCGCGCGAGAGGGGGCGAUCGUCGCCGGGUUCGAGGCGAGCGGCGAGUACGCGGGACGGGCGGACGACGGUGGCCUAGUGCCGCUGUCGCGCGCGAUAUGCUGCGUGCCGUGUUUUGGGAGCGGAAUCGAUCGAGGGAUGACUGUGAGAGAGUUGUUCCCGAAGGUGACGGACGAGCGCGACGCGAGCGCGACGAUCGGGGAUUUGAGGGCGCUGAGCGUGGACUGCGCGCCGACCAAGGAGCGUGCGACGCGAAGCGGCGGCGACAUGGUGUGUCCGGGGGGGACGUUUUUACAAGGUUUCAAGCGAUCGAAUAGAGCGACGGGGAACGGAGGGAAACCGUUUUACUAUCCGAAGGACCAAGGUAUUUGCUGCAAGGUGAAGUUUGUGCUUCCGAGUGGAAACGCGCUCGGCACGGAGCAGUGCGAGUGCGCGACAGAGAGCGGAUACGACGUGUCGUGCGGGCAAUCAAACGUCCCCACGGCAGUAGAGAAAAAUGGGGCGGCAAUUUCCGGUUUCACGUCCGUCAUAAGCGCUAUGGGCGCCCUCGGUUCGCCCAUGCUCGUUCCUUCCACGCCACUCGAGUGUUGCAACGCGUGCGUGCGGAAGGACGCGAAUCCUGUCCCUCUGAGCGACGGGUGCUCGCACUUGGGGUACUGUAACGGACACGGUGAUUGUCUCAUAGACGGCCACUGCGAGUGCCACGUCGGCUGGACGAGUGACGAUUGUUCUGAGGUCGAUGAUGCGACGGGUAUGUACGGAGAGACGUGGCAAUACGCCGUCAUGCUCGCUGGCGUCCUUCUCGGAUGCUGCAUUCGUGCCAUUCUGUGUCGCCACGUCGAGCAAGUGAACAUGAUCCGGGCGCAACGUUUGAUGAUGCAAGAGCCGUUACUUCGUCAGCGCGAAGAUAACACAGUAAUGGACGAGUGGGAAGAGGCGAGCGAUUUGAGCACCUCAGAGAGCGACUCAAACGGAGCGCGCGACGAGGAAGACACCGAAGACGCCGACACCGAAUGCGACGAUACCGAAAGCUACGAGGCUGAUGAACCCGCAGGGGACGAAGAGAUGGGCGCGAUUCCGCCCUCUUCAUCCUUGAACGAGGAAGACGAAGCCACCGCCGAGCUUUCUGCCGAGACGAAGCCGCGUAUGCGAAGCGGCGUCCCGGACACGGAGUGCGUGGUGUGCAUGACCACCCAGGUUCAGUGCGUGCUCAUCCCAUGCGGUCACGCGUGUAUGUGUCGCAAGUGUGCCCGUCGAAUGCGUCGCUGUCCUAUCUGUCGCGUCAUCGUCGCUCGACGACAAAAAUUAUACGUCAACGGCUGA